CCAUUGCAAUAAAAUGUACAAAUUCGUGAGUGUCUUGUGCUCUGCUCUGCUGUUGAGCUAUGUCUUGGCCCGUCCGCAGGAUGCGCGCGCCGCUGGACCAAUAACAACAACAACAACGCCGGCCAGCAUCAUACAGCAGGAUAAUGUGAACAAUGCCGAUGGCAGCUUCAACAGCAGUUAUGAGACAUCGAAUGGCAUAAGGGUGGAGAACAUUGGCUACCUGAAGAAGAUCAUUAUACCGAGGACGGAGACCGGCGAUGGCCAGGUAAUUGAGGAGCACGAAGAGCUCGUACUGGUGCAAUCUGGCUCCUACAGCUACAGCGAUCCCGAGGGCAAUCUCAUCACACUACGCUAUGUGGCCGACGAGAAUGGCUUCCAGCCAGAGGGAGAUCAUCUGCCAGUUGCGCCGCAAUAGUUGCGUCAACCGGGCGUAUGUGUUAUUAAGUAAUUAGCAUUAAGUAUGUAUGUAUAUCCUAUAUCGUAUAAAGUAUUACGUACUGGAGAUAGCACCGCACUGCCCUAUGCCAUACGAAAGAUACGAUGGGUUUCCAAUUAUUCAGUCCUGG